GGCGUCACAAUGUCAUGGCUGAUAAGAGAACCUGGGAAGCGCUGAAACGACACGACAAACUCAGGGCUCUGGUUUCUGGUGUUUGUGCAGUGCAUCGCAGUGCAGCCUGGCAGUCACAACCGUCUUUCAACAAGAUUCCAGUAACUUUGUCUUGGUGUUUUUUUGGGCCACCCAAUCUCAAGCUCCGAAAUCACCUACGGUAAGCAAAGAUCACACCGCCUGCUUGGCCUCUAGCGGCCCACUCCCCGUUCAACACCGAAACCGUCAGAAACGACGAGAGUCCCUUCACAAACGGAACACGCGGAUACGAUAUUCCCAGACGAGACGAGACGAGAUAAAUCGAGACCAUAGCGACCAUGACAAGGCCACGGCGCUCCUCCGCCGCGAGCGAGGAUAGUACAGUGACAGCUGGUGAUCAAGAGCUUGGGAGCAUGUACGACUACCUGGCCAAGAUCGUAUUGCUUGGGCCCAGCGGAACAGGAAAGUCCUGCCUUCUACACCGCUUCGUCAAGUCCGAAUGGCGCAUUCUAUCCUCGCAAACAAUCGGCGUCGAGUUCGCCAGCAAGAUAAUCAAAGUCGGCACCGGCGCGCGGCGGAAACGGAUCAAGCUUCAGCUUUGGGACACGGCAGGCACAGAACGUUUUCGAUCCGUAUCACGCUCUUACUAUCGCGGUGCUGCUGGCGCAGUGCUGGUUUACGACCUCACGAAUCACAAUACAUUCAGAGCGCUGCAGCCCUUCUUGAAUGACGCGAAGGCCCUGGCAAGUCCGAACCUCAGUACAAUUCUCGUAGGGAACAAGAUAGAUCUGAGCGGCGACGAGGGCAGCCUGAUCGACUUUGGACAACCGCCCACCACACCAAGUAGUUUGGGAAGUGCCUCUGGGCCUUAUGGCACCAGCUUCCAGAGCAAUGCCACAAUCACCGGCUUGGGGACACAGCAAAGGGCAACCAUGGCGCCCGAGGGCCGGGAAGUAACCAACACCGACGCCAACAGGUGGGCAAGCCGGGUGGGCGUGCCCGUCACCAUGGAAGUUUCUGCAUUCACUGGGGAGGGGGUCGAUGAGGUGUUUGCGCGGCUGGCCAGAAUGAUCCUCACCAAAAUUGAGCUGGGCGAGAUUGACCCCGACGAUCCAAUGAGCGGUAUUCAGUAUGGAGACGGAGGAAUGUGGAAUGCAGGCGCAAGCGAUGGUGGGAGUAUCAAGAGUGGCAUGACAGACGAUGUCGGUGUCGGCAGUGUGAGAAGGAGGAAGAAGGGCAAAGGUCGGGGAACCGUGGCCCUGAGAGAAUGGGAAGAGGUGUUCUCACUUGGAGGGCGUAGACGCGGGUGCUGCUAAGUAUGAUGGGAAGACACUGAUAUCUCUCCAUGAAGGGACAAAGGAGGAACAAAGGAGCGAGUGCUGGACUACAUGGCUUCUAGGAAAUGUUGGACGACUACAUGACGAUACCAAUCUGCUUGCUUAAUCCCACGGCAACGUUGAGUUGCUACGACACACGACUUUGUGACGCAAAGUCUGAUAGACUAAUAGGGGCGUAACCCUGGAAACAUCAAUACAAUUAAACAAUGACUCGUG